UUGAUCAGAGAAGCAGCUAUUCCAAGUGUUGAGAGGAUUCACCUCGUCAUUUCUAAGUGGUUAGUGGGGGAAAUGGAAGAGCCUAAAACACAGAAUGGAGGAGGGAAAGGAAGCUUGUUGACAAAAAACCUGACUUACAAAGGUGAAGUGAGAAAUGCCAGGAAGACCAGAACCUCUCUGAACCCAAAGAUGAAAAGCAAGCAGAUUAGCAGUCCAUCUUCUACAUCCACUUCCUGUCCAUCCACUCAGCCUUUAAAAACAAUGGCUAAAAAAACUCAGUCAAAGAAGAAAACUGACCUGGCUCCUCUGAAGAAAGAAAAGGUUAGCUGCCAGUUCCCUACUCCCAGCUUGAAGGACUUGGAGGUUUGUCUGCUGCAAAUCGAGUGUGAGGAGCUCAGGAACCGGCUUGGGUGUCUGAGGGAAGGUUUGAUGGGUCAAAAGCCGAGUGAUGUGGAGGAGCUGAUGAAACAGUCUCAGAAGGAACUCCUGUGGCUCCAAAGGCAGUUGUCCUUCUUCCCUGCUGGGACCCCUGGGUAUAUUUUGUCAGCAAGCAAGUCUGGAAAUGAACUGCCAUACUUUCAGCCUGCAGCUCCACAGAAAACGUUUGGUCGGAACUGUUUUUUAGAGGACAAAACCCAUGCGUUUCAGUCUAAUGUCACCGCACUAAGCCAAGAGAAUUGUCACUGGAGCUUUUUAGAAAAUGAACUGAAGGAUGCUGUACAUGAAAAGAACCGCCUGAGCCUUCAAUAUGCAAGCAUAUCCCACAAGGCCCUGCAGUAUGACCAGGUGAAAACAGACUAUGAUCAGCUUAGAGAAACCCUCACCACAGUGACCAAAGAACGAGAUUUGGCUGUGAAGGAGAAACAGCAGCUCCAAGCCAAACUGGAGAACUUAGAGCAAGUCCUAAAGCAUAUGCGAGAGGCUGCUGAACGGCGGCAACAGCUGGAAUUGGAGCAUGAGCAAGCCUUGGCUGUUCUCAACGCAAAACAGCAGGAAAUUGAACUCCUGCAGAAGGCUCAGGUUGAAGCUAAGAAAGAACAUGAAGGUGCAGUUCAGCUGCUAGAGAACACCUUGGACAGCAUGCAGGCCAAGGUUCGCGAGCUAGAGGAGAAAUGUCGGACGCAGGGCGAACAGUUUAACCUUCUCUCCAAGGAACUAGAAAGGUUUCGGCAGCAAGCGGGGAAGAUUGAUCUCCUGAGUAGUAACUCGUUGUCAUCCUUUGACAUCCCUGGCUCCCCUAGCAAAUCCCUGUCCCAGUUAAUGAAUGGAAUAGCCACCUCCCUAGGCAAAGGUCAUGAGAGCUCCUCGGGAGGCCACUGUGUGAUCUCCGAGUUUAUCCGACCCCUGCAACUCUCCGGCGACAAGCCAGAGAAACUGUCUGUCAAGCCAACUUUUCUAUCCCAGUCACGAUCUGGCAGCCCAAGAUGCAGAUUUGAUUCAGACAUGGAUAAUGAACGGAAUUCUAAUACCUCAAAGCAGAGAUACUCGGGGAAAGUCCAUCUUUGCAUCGCCCGAUAUAGUUACAACCCGUUUGAUGGACCAAAUGAGAACCCUGAAGCAGAGCUGCCCCUCACAGCAGGAAAAUACCUCUAUGUGUAUGGCGACAUGGAUGAAGAUGGCUUCUAUGAAGGUGAACUCCUAGAUGGACAGAGAGGUCUGGUCCCUUCCAACUUUGUAGAUUUUGUCCAAGACAAUGAAUCCCGUCAGUCAAGUGGGGUGGGCAGCGAGCAGGACCAGAAUUACAUCAACCACACUAGCCACGCAUUGGAAGGAGAUGGCCUUUUGCAGACUGCCCCGCUGCACUUGGAGCCCGGCGUCGUCAGCAAUGGCGCAGGGACCCUGGAUGUCAACAUUGACGAAAUCGGGGAAGACAUUGUGCCUUAUCCCAGGAAAAUUAUCCUUAUCAAACAACUAGCCAAAAGUGUUAUUGUGGGCUGGGAGCCUCCGGUUGUGCCACCCGGAUGGGGAACCAUUCAUAGUUACAAUGUCCUGGUAGACAAAGAGAUACGGAUGAGCGUGGCCCUGGGGAGCAGAACUAAAGCUCUCAUUGAAAAACUUAACAUUGCUACCUGCACCUAUCGCAUCUCGAUCCAGAGCAUCACGAGUCGGGGCCACUCUGACGAGCUGCAGUGCACUUUGUUAGUGGGGAAGGAUGUCAUUGUGGCACCCUCCCACCUAAAGGUGGACCACAUCACCCAGAUUUCCGCCGAGCUCUCCUGGCUCCCAACCAACAGCAAUUACAGUCACGUGAUCUUCCUGAAUGAAGAGGAGUUUGACAUCGUCAAGGCUGCCAGAUACAAGUACCAGUUUUUUAACCUGAAGCCGAACAUGGCCUACAAGGUGAAGGUCUUAGCCAAGCCUCACCAGAUGCCCUGGCAGCUCCCACUGGAGCAACGGGAAAAAAAAGAAGCCUUCAUAGAAUUUUCGACAUUGCCCGCAGGUCCGCCGGCCCCCCCUCAAGACAUUAGAAUCCAAGCUGGGCCGACACCAGGAACUAUACUGGUUUCAUGGAAGCCGCCAACUCUGACGGCAACAGGGACCUCCAAUGGAGCCAACGUUACUGGCUUUGGUGUUUAUGCAAAAGGUCAAAGGGUGGCCGAAGUGAUAUUUCCUACAGCAGAGAACACCAUUGUGGAACUAAUGAGAAUCCGGAACCUAGAAGCCAAGGAAGUCCUCGUCCGGACGCUUUCUGCUCAAGGGGAAUCUGUGGACUCACUGAGCGCUGCCAUCCCUCUCGACCUACUGGUGCCUCCAACCCCUCACCCUCGGCCAGCUCCCAAAUCUAAGCCAUUACCAAGUGCCGGCAUCCCAGAUACCAAAGACGAACAUUUAUGUCCGCAUGUAAAAAGGGAUGAGUCGUGGGAGCAGACCCGUGUGGCGGCUCCCGGCCACGGACACACACUGGAGCCUCCCAACUUCCACAGCCCCCUCCAGGGAAGGAGGUCUCCUUCUCCGAAUCGGAUACUCCCUCAGCCACAAGGUGCACCCGUCCCCAGCACCGUUGCUAAGGCCAUGGCCAGAGAAGCAGCUCAGCGGGUUGCUGAAAGCAACAGGCUGGAAAGGAGGAGCGUGUUUAGUGACAGGAGCAACGCCAUGCAUUACGCCAACUCCGACGAAGAAGAAGAUGGCUACGAUUCACCACGUGUCAAAAGGAGAGGGGCUUCAGUGGAUGAUUUCUUAAAAGGCUCUGAGCUUGGGAAGCAGCCCCACUAUUGCCAUGGGGAGGAGUACCACACUGAGAGCAGCCGGGGCUCUGACCUGUCUGACAUCAUGGAAGAAGACGAGGAAGAGCUAUACUCAGAGAUGCAACUGGAGGAUGGAGGGAGGAGGCGAGUCAGUGUAACGUCGCAUAACACACUCAAGGAAUGCUAUAAGAGUAAGUCUACUGAAGCAGCUUUUUUGGAACACCCGGAUUUUGCCCAGCAGAUUCACCACAGUAAAAAACUUUUCAGUAUUCCAGAAGUAGCCGAAGAAGAUGGUGAUUAUUCAGAACUUUUGCACAAGCAGGGUGUAGGGAUGGCCCGCAAGCUGCGAAGCACCCUAGUUAGAGAGAGUAGACCUUCCAGGGCCUACAAUCAAGACCAACAGCAAAAUUUCUGGCACCCGGCAAAGCAACGGAUUCUGGAGGACUCUGAAGAGAGAGGCUACAAAUUCAGUAGAUCUUCCACCAGGAGCCCAGACAGUGGCCUGGACUGUGGCAGCGAGGAAGAAGAAUCCCGCUUUAACUUCCGCAAUACUUAUGACAUGGUUUCUGCCAGUGCCGCACCCAACUGCUGUGCUGACGGCAGGAGCUGUUCAUGCCGGAAGACUUCGCGGCCACUGCUUGCACGCCGGAGAACACUGAUCAGGCAGAGCAGCGUUGAAGAAGACUUCGAGGGCCCCAUCCCUUCAUUUCUAGACUCCCGGAGCGAGGAGGGCAAGUCGGUUUAUUAUGAGAGGAAGUACGAGCCUCAGAGGUGUAGUAGAGCAGAUAAUUUGACGCAUGAAGAUUUUCAGGGAGGCUGGAGGAGCCACUUAAAAGGAAAUGACGUUAGGGCACCAUCCGUCCCACUUACAAGGCCAUCCUACCGAGAGCCAGAAGACCCACUGCUCUUAGGCAACCCAUCUUCCACUGGACGACAAGACAGGGCAGAGCACCCGGGCCGAAGGAUCCCUCAUGGCACCACAGGACCGCAAAGGUCUCGACCCAUAUUGGUCCCUUCUAUUGAAAUUACAAUGGACAGUAACAGUGAAGGCUGUCGGUCUCGGUCAGGUAGUGAGGGGGAUAUUUCCCCCGUAAAAGAAGAAGCGUAUUAUCGCGGCAUGGGCGGACACAGGGAAUGGUGCCGGCAACGUACCAUGGCCUCUGACUAUAGAUACGAUGGAUACUGCAGCCGGGAGCGUCUGUCUCCAGAAAUUUACGAGGAAUCAGAAACCGAUCCUGGUGCGGAGGAAGUUUCCACGCGAAUCUUUGUGGCCCUCUUUGACUAUGAUCCGCUAACCAUGUCUCCUAACCCUGAUGCAGCAGAGGAAGAGCUCCCAUUUAAAGAAGGGCAGAUCAUCAAGGUUUAUGGUGAUAAAGACAUUGAUGGGUUUUACCGGGGGGAGACCUGUGCAAGGCUGGGCCUCAUCCCCUGCAACAUGGUCUCUGAAAUCCAAGCUGACGACGAAGAGAUGAUGGAGCAGCUUCUGAAACAAGGGUUUCUCCCUCUGAACACUCCUGUCGAGAAAAUAGAAAGGAACAGGAGGAGCAGCCGUCCACCUGCAGCAUCGACAAGGAGGAUGGUGGCUCUGUACGACUAUGAUCCGAGGGAGAGCUCUCCGAACGUUGACGUGGAGGCCGAGUUAACGUUUUGUACGGGAGACAUUAUUACAGUCAUGGGAGAAAUCGAUGAAGAUGGUUUCUACUAUGGUGAGCUUAAUGGCCAGAAGGGUUUGGUUCCUUCAAACUUUCUUGAAGAAGUGCCUGACGAUGUAGAAGUCUAUUUAUCUGAUGCCCCGUCAAGAUAUGCCCAAGAAAUGCCAAUGCGUACUAAAGCAAAAAGGAAGAAGAGUGUUCAUUUCACACCUUAAAAAAGGCACUGUAGCCUUCACGUAAGUGAGCAACUGAAGAUACCAAUAAAGAUACCAAUCCAAGCUAGCUGACAAUAUCUAAUGCAGCCUAAAUGUGCAGAGAGAGAAAGAGAGAGAAAGAAAUAUGUCUCCAAAAUCUUUAGCCCUAGUUGGUUGCAGAUUUUCCUUGUAUGUUUUUUUUUGUUUUUUUUAAAAGUCAACUUCUAGGGUACCUCUGUAGUCAAAAUGUCAACAGAAUCUACUUGUCUCACGGUUUGCAUUGUUCUUGUAUCCAGGGCUAUUUUUUCUUUAAAGUUAACAUUUGGAACAUAUUUCUUAUUGGACUUACUGUUUGCUUUUUAAAAAGUGUUUCUGGUGUUUAACUCCAAAGAAGCUGCAUAUUGCAUUGUUAGCCAAUCUGGGAGGCAAGUCCCACCAGAGAGGGGGCGGGGAAAGAGCACAAUAUAAAAAACCCACCCUUGAAUGAAAAGCAUAACAUUGUAAGCAGAUAAGUAGAGUGGUUGAGGAAAGGGUAUGGUGAAAACGCAUUAACCUCAAAUAUCUGCUUAAACUGUUUGCCUUAAAAGUCUCUCCUCCAGUUCAUGGUUACCCAGGUUUGCCUCUGGCAGUGUCUAUUCUGCAAUUCUCAUUCAAAAACAUGCCAACUCCAGCAACACAGUCUCUACAGCUGUGUUGAAAGCAGUUCUUUGGUUUAUCAAUGCAAUAAUAGUCGAUAUGAAACGUGCAGCUCAUCCUAUGAACAAAUGCAUUAGAACUCAGUAUAUGGUAUCUUCAGGUGUACGUUGGGGGUGCUUCUACAAAGUGGUUUUUGUUUUUUUUUUGGUUUGGUUUGUUUUCUUCAUUAGACAAAGACCUUGAUUCGAGAUCAAAGUAAGCUUGCAAACCCUUGGCUUUUCAUCUUCAUUGAAACUUAAAGAGCCUGAUCCAGACACAGUAAGAACAAGCAAAGUAUCACAGCUGAUGGAAAUAAAAGGCUGAGCAAGUUAAUAAUUAAGCAAGCAUUGUCAUUGCUAGAGGCUCGCUAUACUUUUCAUCCUUAGUUAAGCAAUCUUCAUACACCUCAAUGCCUCCUGUACAAACUGUGCAUUGAAAUACUUGUUCCUCAGCAAAUUAUGUGUCACAAGUGGUGUUUCACACACAUUGCCACACCGAGCAGCAAGGGUCUUGAAGCUUUCAUUGAUUACAAUUAAGGUUCAUUUUAGCUUUUUUUCUUUCAACCAGUGUGCCAUUUUCCUCAAAAUAUGUAUAUACAGUACGGUUUAAAAACAAAACACAAGAGCAAAGAAUCUCAAGAAUUAAUGUUCUAAUCAUUAUGUUAUCUUCACAAUUGGCAAUUCCUUCUGGAAACUGGCUGGUGUUUAAGUAACUUGCCUCUGUAGUACUUUAGUCCUCUUUCUCACGUCUUCCGGUUUACUAUUAGAGUACUGAAAUACAAAAAUGCAAUUCAAUUUUGGCAACAUCCAAUUCUGGGUCUCUGUUUAAAAUAAGUUUAAGAGGCUACUGGGAAAAAAAUUCAAAACUUCAGCUGUAUAUGCUGUUUCUUAAGACUUUGGUAACUAGACAAGUCUCUUUUGUCAUGUGGCAUACUUUAAAGAAAAAAAAUGGAUAGUCCAAAUAUUUUAAAAAGAGUAAUUAAAAAAAAAGAAAAUGUUACCAACUUUGUUGUUGCUGGUGUUCAAACAUUCAGUAAACUGUAACAAUGUACCUACUAGGUUCCUCCUGAGAAUACAGGUACAUCACCAAGGAGAGCACCAUCCCCUACAGUCCAUCUCCAUUCGGGGUCACCUACGUCAUCUGUGGGUUCUGGUAGUCCCGGGAGAGGCAGGGAAUUGUCCUCGAAAAAGAAAAAGGGGCU